CGGCCGCGAUUGUUACAAAUUGCUACAGUGGCCCCUGGAAAUCGCUGCAAAGUGUCCGGGGGAAGUCCAUCGUCGCUGUAUCCCAUCUCCAGUCACUGCUACCAUUCCCCAAGACACAAACCCGUUGCAAGUUUCCCACCCCAGCCUUCCAUUUCAUUUUCUUCUUGUGUUCCUUUUCGCCGGUCGGUUUGUUUUCUUUAUUGUUAAUUAUUCCGGCGGGGGUCUUGCAGAAAUCUCUUUCCGGAAUGCCGACUGACACCAUGGAGAAACCUUCCAUUUCCCCCACGGUUGGCUCAUCUGCAAACUCUCCUCAAACUCCGGAUAAACCCAAAAGUGCAAGUGAGAACAGAAAGUCUUCCAAACCCAUCAUGGAAAAGCGGCGCAGGGCAAGAAUUAACGAGAGUUUGAGUCAACUUAAAACCCUGAUCCUGGAUGCCCUGAAAAAAGAUAGUUCCAGGCAUUCCAAAUUGGAAAAAGCUGACAUCCUCGAAAUGACCGUGAAACACCUUCGAAAUCUCCAACGUGUACAAAUGACCGCAGCUUUAACUGCGGAUCCAACGGUCCUGGGUAAAUACAGAGCCGGAUUUAACGAGUGUAUGAACGAAGUGACUCGCUUCCUGUCGACCUGUGAAGGGGUUAACACUGAUGUUCGCACCCGGCUCCUCAGUCACUUAUCGAGUUGCCUGGGACACAUGGUGGCCAUGAAUUACUCGCAGGCUCCAGCCAACGUUGCCUCAGUGCCAGGAGCUCACCUGAACCAGCCCCUCCACGUCCAGCUCCCGGCCACGGUCCCGGCCAGUGGCGGGGUCAACAUGCCGUGCAAACUGAGUCCGGCCGAAGCCGCUUCCCCGAAGGUCUACGGCGGCUUCCAGCUGGUGCCUGCCACGGACGGCCACUUCGCCUUCCUGAUCCCGAACCCGGCGUUCGCUUCGUCCAGCGGACAGAUUACAAGCGGCCCGGUCAUCCCGCUCUACGCCAACGCUAACCUCCCGGUGGCCGUCAGUUCGGCAGCGGGGCCUCCCAACUCCAAACUGACAUCCCCCGUCCAGGGAAUGACCUCGGCCGUGUUCGGGCCCAACAUCCCCGGAGUUUCUCAGAGCCACAGCCCGCUCGGAGUGAGCACGGGUCCGGACAACUCCGAGUCUGUCUGGAGACCUUGGUGAAUGUGGAAGGACUUGUUUUAAAAUAAAACUUUAAACUGACCAGUUAAACCUGUUCCAUUGUUCGGGACACGUGUACUUAUCAUUAUAAGAGAGUUAUUUAUUUGGGAUGUAAAUAGUGUACACAUUGGUUUCCAUGUAACUGAUUUUGCAAUAUUUUACUGUUUUUGGGAGGGGGGGGGGAAAAAAUCUUUUGAUAAAUUUUUGAACCUGUUAUAAGUGCCAUAUACCAAAGGUUUUUUUUUGUAAAUUUUUGAUUUGCCUUGUUCCAGAAAAUAAAACGUUUUCUAUAUAAA